AUGUCGCGUAAUAUUUUGGACGAUCACAUAAUUCAAGAAAUUCUAGAGGAAGAUGGUAUUGAAGGAGAAGUCUCUUCAGAAAUUGAAGAUAACUUAGAGAUCGACGAUGACGACUCAAAUUCCAGUCAAAGCGGCGAUGAUGAUAAUUCUGAGGCCGAAGAUUUUUCAGCAGGUAAUAUUUCUGCCGAAAUGUUACACAGAAGACCUGAUCUCAGUGAUGUGCCUCUGAGUUAUAUCCGUCAAGGAUACUAUGUGGGUAGAAAUGGCUCCACUAACUGGAGUAUUGAGGAACCCCCUAGAAAUGUUCGUACUCGUAGCCACAACAUUAUAUUACAUGCGCCGGGACCGAUUAAUGAGGCAAAAGAUGCACUUACGCCUUUGGACUGCUGGAGUCUUAUGUUCCCUGACAGUCUUUUAGACAUGGUUGUGACAUAUACCAAUAUGUAUAUUGACAGUAUCCACGAUAACUUCCAAAGAGAAAGAGACUGCUUACCUACGGAUUUGGUAGAAUUGAAGGCUCUACUUGGGCUUCUUUAUUACUGUGGAAAACUUCGUGGAGCGCAUUUGAACACCAUGGAUUUAUGGGCAACUGACGGCACUGGAUCAGACGUGUGCAUAGCUACCAUGUCACGACAAAGAUUUCAUUUUUUACUUCGUUGCCUUAGGUUUGAUGAUCCAAAUACACGCGAACAGAGGAGACAAAAUGAUAAACUGGCUGCAAUUAGAGAUUUAUUUACCAAAUUCGUUGAAAUUAUAAAGAAACAUUACUCUUUAGGGGAUACAGUGACUAUUGAUGAAAAACUGGAGCCAUUUCGUGGUCGUUGUCCAUUUCGCCAGUACAUGCCGAAGAAGCCUGCCAAAUACGGAAUAAAAAUAUUUGUAAUGGCUGACUCAAGAACUUACUAUUCGGCAUGUUUAGAAGUAUACACCGGAAGGCAAAAUUCAGGACCACAUGCUGUAAGUAACUCUCCUCCAGAUGUCGUGAAACGUUUGGUUGAGCAAAUAAGAGGGUCUCAUCGUAACGUGUUAAUGGAUAAUUGGUUCACGAGUAUCCCAUUAAUGACAGAGUUGUAUGAAGAUUAUGAGCUUACGGUUGUAGGGACUCUUCGUAAAAAUAAACCAGAAAUACCCCCAUGCUUUGUUGCUACACGAAGACGAGAAGAAUGGACUACCUACUUUGGCUUUAAGCCUAAUUGUACAUUAGUAUCGUACUCACCAAGAAAGGGAAAAGUGGUGCUUCUUGCUUCUACAAUGCAUCAUGAUGCGAAAAUAGAUGUUGAUACAGGAGAUAAACGCAAGCCAGAAGUGAUAACGGAUUAUAAUAUGCAUAAAUGUGGAGUGGACGUGGUUGACGAGAUGUGUGGUACAUAUUCUGUAUCAAGAGUAAGUAAAAGAUGGCCACUAACGAUAUUUUUUGGACUUAUGAAUGUGGGAUGUAUAAAUGCGUUUGUUAUUUAUAACGCAAAUAUAACGCAUAUAAAUCAAGAACCCCUCGAAAGACGUAACUUUUUAAAAGACAUAGCUUUAUCCCUUGUUAAACCACAAAUAGAAAAGAGAUCUUCUAUUACGACUCUGCCCAGACACAUUCGGAGCAGAAUGUUUCAAGUACUUGGCAGAGAAGAAAGUACAGAUCAAACUGCAUCGGCUGGGCCUAGUAACAUUCGUGGGAGGUGUUCCACCUGCCCCCCUAAAAAGGAUAGAAAAUCCAAAACUCAAUGCCAAAUAUGUAAAUCUUUCGUAUGUAGAGAUCACACCGCAUUUUUAUGCAUUAAUUGUAAUCAGAAAAUGAGUCAAAAGUAA